UGACAGGUCGGUUGUGAUUUUUCUGACAGGUUUUUUGGGUCGUCGCAGCUUCAUUUCUGAUCACAUCUCAACACCUGGCAAAGGAUGCUCACAUAAGGCAUCUAUGUGUGUCCUAGUCGGUUAAAGUUAAACGCAUCUUCGGCUUCACCCAGUCAGUCCAUGGCUGAUCAGCAUGAGUCCAUCGAUCUCAGGUCUCCUCCAGUGGACCCAUCAGCAGCUGCAGGACACAGCUGGUUCCCUGGACCCCCUCCACCCAUCUAUACCUGCACCCUGACCCCCGAGCUGGUGGCCAAGGCACGGGAGGAGCUCCAGGAGAAACCAGAGUGGCGUCUCCGGGAUGUCCAAGCGCUGAGAGACAUGAUACUGAAGGAACAGCCCAAUCUCAGGACCAGGUUGGACGACUCCUUUCUCCUGCGCUUCCUGCGGGCCAGGAAGUUUGACUAUGACCGUGCCAUGCAGCUGCUGCUCAACUACCACGCAGGCCGUAAGGCUUGGCCGGAGGUGUUCAAAGACCUGAAGCCAUCCACAGUGAAACACGUCCUGGACCUGGGCUUUCUCACAGUCCUGCCACAGCCUGACCCCAACGGAAGAUACAUCCUCUGUCUCCGGCCAGGAAAAUGGAAACCAAAUGAUUAUCCAUUUGUUGACAACGUGAGGGCCAUUUAUCUGACUCUGGAGAAGCUGAUCCAGCCGGAGGAAACGCAGGUGAAUGGCAUCGUCAUCUUAGCCGACUACACCGGAGUGGGCAUGUCACAAGCAUCCAAUCCAGGCCCAUUCCUCGCCAAAAAGGUUGUGAGCAUCCUCCAGGAUGGGUUUCCAAUCAGAAUCAAGGCUGUUAACAUAAUUAACGAGCCCCGGAUUUUCAAAGGCAUCUUCGCUAUAAUUAAGCCAUUCCUGAAGGAGAAAAUGGCAGAGAGGUACAUCCUCCAUGGCUCGGACCUGCGCUCUCUGCACCGAAACAUCCCCCGCUCGGUCCUACCGGAGGAGUACGGCGGCACCGCGGGCCAACUGGACAUGUGUGCGUGGUCGAGACUGCUGCUGGACUGUGAGGAGGAAUUUAUAGUGGAGUUCUGCCAGCCGGAUCCACUAGAGGGCGUGGUGCUCCCAGACUCCAUGCUGUUUGAAGGAGAGCAGGCCAGCGGGCAGGAUGACGACACCUUCAGGGGUCUGCGCUCUCAACUUUACUACUGUUACUGAUGCACACUGCAGAUGCAUACACUCCCGUCACUGAGAGGACAUUUUCUGUUUCAUUUGAAACAUGUGUGUAGACUUUUACAGGGCAAGUUGCCAAUAUUAUACAUGAUUUAUUUUACUAACUAAGCAGCAGUACUAUAGGUGGAUAGUCUUUUCUAGUUUACACGUAGCCCAGCAUUUAACCAUCGUUCCAAGGCAGCUGCAGGCUCAGGCAAAGAGGCUUCAGACAUGAGCAGAUGCAUGUUUAGUCAUUGUAGGUGACCUCUAUGAAUUUAUUACUAUAUAUGACAUUUUCUUAAGUAGUCAGGCACUCAUAUGUCAUUGAAGCUGGUUUUACUGGAUGUAAUCAUUCAUCCUGCCCAUCCUGGCUGUUAAAAGCUGCCUCCCUAAAGUGCUUCCUGUGUAAGAGAUGACAGAAUCCACAGUCCUCAUUUUGUGUGUAGCUGAAGCUAACAUUAGGCUUCAGCAGUUCCACUUUGACAAUUCAUGUGGGUUUCAGAAACACUGUCACACUAAAAACACUAACUUUUAAAGUUUCACUCUAUUUGGCUAAGUGAGACUGUUGAAACCUCAUAGCAGCUUCAACUGCUUCGGUCCUGGAACGAAGACUGUGGAUUUGUCCCCCUUCUCUUCCACUGGAAGCACAUUAGGAAGGGAUCUCUUCACGGCCAGUAUGAACAGGAGGAAUGAUUACUGCAAGCAAAAACUGUUUCAGUGUACAUAUGGACAUGGGGAAAAUGUGAACCCAUCCUUUUAAUAUGUUUCAGCGGAGGAAGAAUUCUCAAAACAGCUUCUUCAACUCACAUUUCUUCAGUUUGUUUAGUUUUUGCAGACCGGCAGUCAGACAGAUACUGGCCAUUAGAGCUCUGUCUGCAGGUUACAUCGCCCCACAACUCAACUCUAAAAAGACAGUUUUUGUGUAUGUAACCGUCUAAUACAUUGCCUUAAACUGUCAUUAAUCAGUAGAUUUUCCACUGUAUCAUAAAUCAUUUUGGAUUUGUGUGUACCAAAGCAAUAUUAUUUCAAUGUGUAUUCUCAUUCAGGGCUUGUGUUACAUAAGAGUGGCUAUACUUCAUUGUUAGUAAGUGGAAAUAGAUGGCUGAGAGAAAGAAUAACGUAAUAGAUUUAAUAUCUAACUCAUAUGCAGUAUUUCAGGGCCUUUGUUUCAUUGAUGCUUUAGUUUUCUCUGGCUUGAAUCUUCUGAGAGGAUUAUUUUUUUAGUCUAAGUUCAGAUAAUCUGCCUUAUGUUCUUUUUUUUCUUUUUGUAAAACAACCUUUUUUGACCUGCUGCUUGUGUUUCAUCACUCAGUCUUAACACGGGGCCAUUACUCAUAACAGGAGUCACAUGGGGAAGAGAACAUUCAGUCCUGACUUUAUAGACAUGUGGUUUGCCAAAAUUUUACACCAGGCCAUGUACAGAAAUGUGCAAUAAUGUCGGAUCUGUAUUCUUGCGGUAGCCCGAAAGCCAACUCAAAUUAUUUUUGUCAGUGUUUUUAUAUUUUUAUUUUAAGCAUGUCUGUGACUAUAAGCUGUAUUGUGUUGCGGGAUAUUUAUCGUUGGUAGUGAAGACAGUAAAGUAAAACUCAAACAGA